GUGGGUCCUCUAGCCCCUCACGGAGGGGCAUGAGGACUUGCGAAAGGCAGGGCAUGGCGCGCAGCGUGUGCGGGACCAGGGACACCGCGGCCCAGGGGGCGAGGCGGGCUCCGGGUCUAUUCCGGGAGCGGCGUGCAGGGGCAGGCGAGGGCGGGCGGAGGCGCUGGGCGAGCAUCCUGUCGGGGGAGGGGACGCGCGGAGGGCGCUCCAGCGGGCGGGACUGGAGAGCGCCGCACGCCCGCAGCCGCCGGCCCCGCCGGAGGCACCGCGCCCUGCUCCGCGCGAUCGAUCGCUGGCGCCAUGGACCGAGGCCGCGUGCUGGAGCAGCUGCUCCCCGAGCUCACAGGGCUGCUCAGCCUCCUGGACCAUGAGUACCUCAGCGACACCACCCUGGAGAAGAAGAUGGCUGUGGCCUCCAUCCUGCAGAGCCUGCAGCCCCUCCCAGCCAAAGAAGUCUCCUACCUGUAUGUGAACACAGCGGACCUCCAUUCCGGGCCCAGCUUUGUGGAGUCCCUCUUUGAAGAAUUUGACUGUGACCUGAGUGACCUUCGAGACAUGACAGAGGACGACGGGGAGUCCUGCAAAGAAGCCACCCCUGAGCCAGCCAAGAGCCCACCUCUGAGACACGCAGCCGACUUGCCUCCACCGCUCCCCAAAAGGCCUCCACCUGAGGAAUACUAUGAGGAGGCCCUUCCCCUGGGGCCUGGCAAGUCCCCCGAGUAUAUCAGCUCCCACAGAGGGCAUGGUGUCCACGAUCUUCCCCAGCCCUGGCGCCUGGAGUCUGCCUGCAUUUCUCCAAGUACUGCUCUUUCUGCCAACCCCACAGACGACUGCAGCCCAGCCCACUCGAUUGUGGACAGCUACUACGAGGAUGCAGACAGCAGCUACCCCGCGACCAGGAUGAAUGGGGAGCUGAAGAACUCUUACAAUGACUCUGACGCCAUGAGCAGCUCCUACGAGUCCUAUGAUGAGGAGGAGGAGGAAGGGAAAGGGCCGCAGCCCACACACCACUGGCCUUCAGAGGAGGCCUCCAUGCACCUGGUGAGGGACUGCAGGAUAUGUGCCUUCCUGCUGCGGAAAAAGCGCUUCGGGCAGUGGGCCAAGCAGCUGACCGUCAUCAAGGAGGACCAGCUCCUGUGUUACAAAAGCUCCAAGGACCGGCAGCCACAUCUGAGGCUAGCGCUGGAUGUCUGCAAUGUCAUCUACGUGCCCAAGGACAGCCGGCACAAGAGGCACGAGCUGCGCUUCUCCCAGGGAGCUACCGAAGUCCUGGUGCUGGCACUGCAGAGCCGGGAGCAGGCCGAGGAGUGGCUGAAGGGUCCCUGCCCACCUGCUCACAGAUGUGUGUCCUCUCCACAGGUCAUCCGAGAGGUCAGCAAGUCCGUUGGGGGUGCUGAGGGGGCAGAUGUGCCCAGAUCCCCAGUCCUCCUGUGCAAGGUAGACCUGGACAAGGGGGCUGUCUGUGUCCCUUCCCAGAGGCUGUCCCAAGAGAAGCAGACCUCGGAUUCCGACAGCAUGGGCCUGAGCGACAACUGUUCCACCCUUGGCCGCGAACACGGCAAAGGGAAGAAGAGCAGCCUGUCAGAGCUGAAGGGUUCAAUGAGCAGGGUUGCGGGCCGCAAGAUCACCCGUAUCAUCAGCUUCUCUAAGAAGAAGGCACUGGCCGAUGACCUGCAGACAUCCUCUACCGAGGAAGAGGUUCCAUGCUGUGGUUACCUGAAUGUGCUGGUGAACCAUGGCUGGAAGGAACGCUGGUGCCGCCUAAAGUGCAACACCUUGUAUUUCCAUAAGGACCGCACGGACCUGCGGACCCACGUGAAUGCUAUCACCCUCCACGGUUGUGAGGUGGCCCCAAGCUUUGGGCCCAGACACCCAUUUGCCUUCAGGAUCCUGCGCAACCGGCAGGAGGUCGCCAUCUUGGAGGCAAGCUGCUCCGAGGACAUGGGCCGCUGGCUCGGGCUGCUGCUGGUGGAGAUGGGCUCCAAAGUCACUCCCGAAGCGCUGCAUUAUGACUACGUGGACGUGGAGACCUUAACCAGCAUCGUCAGUGCAGGGCGCAACUCCUUCCUAUAUGCAAGAUCCUGCCAGGAUCAGUGGCCUGAGCCCCGAGUCUAUGAUGAUGUUCCUUAUGAAAAGAUGCAGGACGAGGAGCCUGAGCGUCCCUCUGGAGCCCAGAUCAAGCGCCAUGCCUCCACCUGCAGUGAGAAGUCCCAUCGGGCAGACCCACAGGUCAAAGUCAAGCGCCACGCCUCCAGGAACACCGGUUCAAGCCCUGGUCUGGGAAGAUCCCACAUGCCACGGAGCAACUAAGCCCGUGCACCACAGCUACUGAGCCCGCACUAUAGAGCCCGUGAGCCACAACUACUGAGCCCACGUGCCACAACUACUGAAGCCCAGGUGCCUAGAGCCCGUGCUCUGCAACAAGAGAAGCCACCAAAAUAUGAAGCCCACGCACUGCAAGGAAGAGUAGCCCCCGCUCACCGCAACUAGAGAAAGCCCGUGUGCAGCAACGAAGACCCAACACUGCCAUAAAUAAAUUAAUUAAUUAAUUUUUUAAAAAAGAUUGCUAAAUCAAUCAUUUGAUGUCUCUAGAAAUUGUCCUAAGGGCAUAUGGCAAAUGAAGAUUUAUUCUAGAAAAUUUACUAAAUCUCAGUAAAAUCAGUGAGAGUUUGUGGCAUCUGAGCCACCACCUUCUCCUUUACCCUUUUCCCAGCUCAGUGUAACAAAAUCUCCAGAUGUGGACAAAAAAAAAAGGCUCUCUCUCCUCUAGCUCCCAGUCAAGAGCUGCAGUAUCUCCCCAAUAAGAGCAGGUAACGAGCAUUUCUCAUCACCCCUAGCUAUGUGCUACAGACACUAGAUCCCAAGUGAGUGCAGCCCAGAAGUAGGGUGCUCCCUUUCUCUACCCAGACCCCACUCAUAGAGCAGAGGCUCUACUGCAGGUUGGGCAGGCCAAAGAUGUGGGGGCCCUGACUGCCCUCACCCCAGCUCACUCAUAAUGCAGGGGUUCCACACUAGGAGAGGAAAGCUAAGAAGACCAGAGGUUACAGUCGCUACCCAGCACCCUGCUCACAAAACAGAGAUGUCACUCAAAGAGAAGCAGGCCACUGUUCCCACCCCUAGAUUCAGAAGAGUGACUCAGAGAUUUUGCCCAAGGUGAAAGGCAGGUCAUAAAAACAGUGAACUCCAAAGCUCCCCUUCAAAAGAACUGACUUUAGUGGAAACAGAGUGUGGAGCAAAUGAUGAUACAGAGCAUUGUCAAAAACAAUAAAGCAGGGACUUCCCUGGUGGUCCAGUGGUAAAGAAUCCUCCUUCCAAUGCAGGGGAUGCGGGUUCGAUCCCUGGUCGGUGAACUAAGUUUCCACAUGCCGCAGGGCAACUAAGCCCGUGCACCACAACUAUUGAGCUCGCAUGCCUCAACAAGAGAGCCCACAUGCCGCAAACUACAGAGCCCACGCGCUCUGGAGCCCUCGCGCCAUAACUAGAGAAAGAAAACCCGCACACCACAACUAGAGAGAAGCCCGAGCACCACAACAAAGAGACCACUCACUGUAACAAAAAGAUCCCACAUGCCUCAACGAAGACCCCAUGUGCUGCAACUAAGACCUGAUGCAGCAAAAAAAAAAAAAGGAAAAUAAAUAAAUUAAUUAAAUAAAUAAAUAUUUUUUAAAAAAUAGAGCAAUCAGCUGAAAAUUAGUGGAGCCUAACAGCUGGGUGUGAUCCCUAAGGCUGUACCCAUUCAAGAUCAACAUCAGAGGCUUCAUGCUGCAGGGAGAAAUGUACUUCACUAAAAGAGCCAACUAAGUCACUAAACAAAUAAACAAUCUGGUGGGGGUAGGGGUCAGUAUACCUAGAGAUGCUACAAUAUAUUAUAUAAAAUGUCCAAUUUUCAAAAAAAAUUAUGAAACAUGCAAAGAAACAGGAAAGUGUGACCCAUACAGAAGGAAAAAGGCAGGCAACAGAAACUGUCUAUGAGAGAACCCACAUGUGGAAUUUAACAAAGAUUUCAAAGCGUCCUUUGUAAAUAUGUUCAAAGAACUAAGGGAAACCAUGCUUAAAGAAGUAAAGGGGGCUUCCCUGGUGGCACAGUGGUUAAGAAUCUGCCUGCCAAUGCAGGGGACACAGGUUUGAGCCCUGGUCCAGGAAGAUCCCACAUGCCAUGGAGCAACUAAGCCUGUGCGCCACAACUACUGAGCCUGUGCUCUAGAGCCUGCAAGCCACAACUGCUGAGCCCACGCGCUACAACUACUGAAGCCCGUGCUCCUAGAGCCUGUGCUCCACAACAAGAGAAGCCACCACAAUGAGAAGCCCACGCACCGCAACAAAGAGUAGUCCCCUCUCGCCGCAACUAGAGAAAGCCCGUGCACAGCAACAAAGACCCAACGCAGCCAAAAAUAAAUAAAAAUAAAUAAAUUUAUUAACAAAAAAAGAAGUAAAGGAAGAAAUUGGAGAGUACAAAGUAAAACUGUCACUGUUUGCAGAUAACAAGACACCACCAAAAAACUUCUAGAGCACAUCAGUGAAUUUGGUAAAGUUGCAAGAUACAAAAUUAAUAUAGAGGAAUCUGUUGCACUUCUAUACGCUAACAUAGAACUAUCAGAGAGAGAAAUUAAGAAUAAAAAUCCCAUUUACAAUCACAUUUAAAAAGAAUAAAAUAUCUAGGAAUAAAUCUCUUUUUUUAAACUUAGAUAGGUUUUUGGGGGGUUUUGGCCAUACCAUGUGGUUUGUGGGAUCUCAGUUCCCCAACCAGGGGUUGAACCCAGGCUGCAGCAGUGAAAGCCAAGAAUCCUAACCACUAGACCACCAGGGAUCUCCCAGAAUAAAUCUAAUUAAGGAGAUAAAGACCUAUACUCAGAAAACUAUAAGACACUGUUGAAAGAAACUGAAGACAACACAAAGAGAUGAAAAGAUAUACCAGGCUCAUGGAUUAGAAGAAUUAAUUUUGUUAAAAUGACCAUAUUACCCAAGACAAUCUACAGAUUCAAUGCAAUCCCUAUUAAAAUACCAAUUGCAUUUUUCACAGAACUAGAAAAAAUAAUUCUAAAAUUUGUAUGAAAACACAAAGAUGCCAAAGAACCAAAACAAUCUUGAGGAAGAAGAACAAAGCUGGAGAUAUCAUGCUAUCUGAUUUCAAACUAUACUAUAAAGCUACAGCAAUCAAAACAGCAUGGGAAUGGCACAAAAACAGACAUAGAGAUCAACAAAACAGAACAGAGAGCCUAGAAAUGAACGCACACUUAUAUGGGCAAUUAAUCUAUGGCAAAGGAGAGAAGGAAAUGCAAUGGGGAAAAGACAGUGUCUUCAAUAAACAGUGUUGGGAAAACCUGAAAAUCACAUGUGAAAGAAUCAAACUGGACUACUUUCUCAAACCAUAUACAAAAAUAAACUCAAAAUGCAUUAAAGACUUAAAUGUAAGACCUCAAACCAUAAAACUUCUAGAUGAAAACAUAAGCACUCACUGUUUGACAUUGGUCUUAGCAAUAUUUUUGGAUAUGUCUCCUUAGGUGAGGGAAACAAAAGCAAAAAUAAACAAACAGGACUACAUCAAACUAAAAAGCUUUUGCACAGUGAAGGAAACUAUCAACAAAACAAAAAGGCCACUGACUGAAUAAGAUAAAAUAUUUGCAAAUAGUAUAUCCAAUAACAGAUUAAUAUACAAAAUAUACAAAGAACUCAUACAAUUCAACAUCAAAAAAAUAAACAAUCUAAUUAAAAAAAUAGGUAUAGGACUAUAGACAUUUUUCCAAAGAAGUCAUACAGAUGGCCAAAAGGCACAUGAAAAGAUGCUCAACAUCACUAAUCAUCAGGGAAAUACAAUUCAAAAUCACAAUGAGAUAUCACCUCACACCUGUCAGAACUGCUAUUAUCAAAAAGACAACAAAUAACAAGUGUUGGUGAGGAUAUGGAGAAAAGGAAACUCUUGUGCACUGUUGAUGGGAAUGCAAAUUGGUGCAGCCCCUAUGGAAAACAGUAUGGAGAUUCCUCAAAAGAUUAAAAAUAGAACUGACAUAUGAUCCAGCAAUUCCACUUCUGAGUAUGUAUCCAAAGAAAAUGAAAACACCAAUUAGAAAAGAUAUAUGCACUCCUAUGUUUAUUGCAGCAUUAUUUACAACAACCAAGAUAUGGAAGGAACUUAAAUACCCAUCAAAAAUGAAUGGAUAGAAGCCCUGCCCCCAUUGUCCCAGGAAUGCGUGGAUAGCAGCCACCCCUAGGAGACCCAUAAGCAGGCGCCAAGAGCUGCCCCCACUGUCCCUGGAGCACACAGAUAACAGCCACCCCUAGGACACCUAUGAGCAGAUGCCAAGCCCUGCCCCCACUGUCCUGGGAAUGCAUGGACAGCAGCCUGUAAGAGACCUGCCCCCGCUAUCCCAGGAGACUGCAAAGGCCACGGUACCUGCACACACCAUAUCAAAGUGAUAACUGCCAGCACAUGCUGAGGAAAGAGGCAGCAAGCAUACAAACUAAAAGCAGCCCCUCGAUUCCGGAAAAGAUUGCUGAGUAGAGGGACUUGAGCUCACCUCCUCUCACAAAAACACCAAAAUCACAACUAACUGCUGAACAACCAUCAACAAAAAAGAUUGGAACCUAUCAAAAAGCAUAUUUUACAUCCAAAGACAAAGAAGAAGCCACAGUGAGAUGGUAGGAGUGGCGCUUUCAUGACAUAAUCAAAUCCCAUACCCACCAGGUGGGCGACACACAAACUGGACGAUAUUUAUAUCGCAGAGGUUCUCCCACAAGAGUGAGAGUCGUGAGCCCCACGUCUGCCUCCCCAGCCUGAGGGUCUGGCUUCGGGAGGAGGAAUCCCCAGAGCAUUUGGCUUUGAAGGCCCGCGGGGCUUGAGUGCCGGAGUGCCACAGGACUGGGGGAAACAGAGACUCCACUCUUGGAGAGCACAUACAAGGUUUCUCAUACACUGGGACAAAGAACAAAGCAGUAACUCCAUAAGAGCUGCGGCUGGACCUACCUACGAGUGUUGGAGGGUCUCCCGGGGAGGCAGGGGUCGGCUGUAGAUCAAUGAGGGCGCAAGGACACUGGUGGCAGAGGACCCAGAGAAUAUUUUGGCUUGAGCCCUCCCAGAGGUUGCCAUUUUAGCAUCAAGACCUGGCCCUACCUAACAGCCCACAGGCUCCAGUGCUGGAAUGCCUCAGCCCAAACAACCAGCAGGAUAGGAACACAGCACACAGCAGGAUAGGAACACCCAUCAGCACACAGGCUGCCUAAAGCCAUACUGAGCUCACAGCCACCUCUAAACACAUCCCUUGACAUGGUCAUGCCCACCAGAGGGACAAGACCCAUCUCCACCAACAAGUGGGCAGGAACCAGUCCCUCCCACCAGGAAGCCUGUACAAGCCUCAGGACCCAGGUCACCGGCCACAGGCAGACACCAGAAGCAAGAGGAUCUAUGCUCCUGCAGCUAGUGGAAAGGAGACCACAAACCCAGAAAGUCAGAAAAAAAUGAGAUGGCAGAGAAAUAUGUUCCAGACAAAGGAACAAGAUAAAAACCCAAAAGAGGGACUUCCCUGGGGGUCCAGUGGUUAAGAAUCCAUCUUGCAACGCAGGGGAUGCCGGUUUGAUCCCUGGUUGGGGAACUAAGAUCCUACAUGCCGCAGGGCAACUAAGCCCUCAUGCCACAACAAGAGAGCCCAUGUGUCGCAACUACAGAGCCCACACACUCUGGAGCCUGUGCACCACAACUAGAGAGAAGCCUGUGUGCCACAACUAGAAAGAAGCCUGUGAGCUGCAACAAAAGAUCCCACGUGCCGCAGCUAAGACCCAAUGCAGCCAAUAAAUGAAUAAAUAAAUAAUAAAUAUUAAAAAAAAAGAAGAAAAACUAAGUGAAGUGGAGAUAGGCAACCUAUCUGAAAAAGAAUUUAAAGUAAUGAUAGUAAAGAUAAUCCAAGAUCUCAGAAAAAGAAUGGAGGCACAACUGAGAAGAUACAAGAGAUGUUCAACAAAGAGCUGGAAAUUUAAAGAACAAACAGGGACUUCCCUGGUGGCACAGCGGAUAAGACUCCAUGCUCCCAAUGCAGGGGUCCCGGGUUCAAUCCCUGGUCAGGGAACUAGAUCCCACAUGCAUGCAGCAACUAAGAGUUCACAUGCCACAACUAAAGAGCCCGCAUGCCACAACUAAGGAGCCCACCUGCCGCAACUAAGACCCUGUACAACCAAAUACAUAAAUAAAUAUUUAAAAAAAUAAAAAUAAAAAAUAAUGAACAAACAGAGAUGAACAAUACAAUAACUGGAAUGAAAAAUACAGUAGAAGGAAUCAAUAGCAGAAUAAUUGAGGCAGAAGAACGAAUAAGUGAGCUGGGAGACAGAAUGGUGGAAAUCACUGCUGUGGAACAAAAUAAAGAAAAAAGAAUGAAAAGGGAUGAGGACAGUCUCAGAGAUCUCUGGGACAACAUUAAACACAUGAACAUUCACAUUACAGGGGUCCCAGAAAGAGAAGAGAGAGAGAAAGGGCCUGAGGAAAUAAUUGAAGAGAUUAUAGCUGAAAACUUACCUAAAGUGAGAAAGGAACAACCCACUAAGUCCAAGAAGCACAGAGACUCCCAUACAAGAUAAACUCAAGGAGGAGCAUGCUAAGACACAUAUUAAUCAAACUGCCAAAAAUUAAAGACAAAGAAAAAAUAUUGGGAAUUCCCUGGCAGUCCAGUGGUUAGCACUCAGUGCUUUCACUGCCGUGGCCUGACUUUGAUCCCUCAUUGGGAAACUAAGGUCCCACAAGCUGCGUGGUGCAGCCAAAAAAAAAGAUAAACAAAAUUGAUAAAGCUUUAGCCAGACUCAUCAAGAAAAAAAGGGAGAAGACUCAAAUCAAUAAAAUUAGAAAUGAAAAAGAAGUUACAACUGACACAACAGAAAUACAAAGGAUCAUAAAAGACUACCAAAAACAACUACAUGCCAAUAAAAUGGACAACCUAGAAGAAAUGGACAAAUUCUUAGAAAGAUAUAACCUUCCAAGACUGAACCAGGAAGAAGCAGAAAAUAUGAACAGACCAAUCACAAGUAUUGAAAUCGAACCUGUGAUUUAAAAACAUACAACAAACAAAAGCCCAGGACCAGACUUUACAGGUGAAUUCUAUCAAACAUUUAGAGAAGAGUUACCACCUAUCCUUCUAAAACUAUUCCCAAAAAUUGCAGAGGAAGGAACACUCCCAAGCUCAUUCUAUGAGGCCACCAUCACCCUGAUACCAAAACCACACAAAGAUACCACAAAAAAAAAGAAAAUUACAGGCUAAUACCAUGAUGAACCGAGACGCAAAAAUACUCAACAAAACUGGCAAACCGAAUUCAACAAUAGAUUACAAGGAUCAUACACCAUGAUCUGGACUUUCCUGGUGGUGCAGUGGUUAAGAAUCCACCUGCCAAUGCAGGGGACAUGGGUUUGAGCCUUGGUCUGGGAAGAUCCCACAUGCCGUGCAGCAACUAAGCCCAUGUGCCACAACUACUGAGCCUACACUCUAGAGCCCGCAAGCCACAACUACUGAGUCCACAUGCCACAACUAAUGAAGCCUGCACACCUGGAGCCCAUGCUCCUCAACAAGAGAGGCCACAAGCCCCUGCUCGCCAUAACUGGAGAGGGCCCGUGUGCAGCAAUGAAGACCCAACACAGCCAAAAAUAAAAAGAUAAAUAAAUUUAUUUUUUUAAAAAAAAGGAUCAUACACCACGAUCAAGUGGAAUUUAUCGCAGGCAUGCAAGCGUUCUUCAAUAUCCACAAGUCAAUCAAUGUGAUACACCACAUUAACAAACUGAAGAAUAAAAACCAUAUGAUCAUCUCAAUAGAUGCAGAAAGAGCUUUUGACAAAAAUCCAACACCCAUUUAUGAUAAACACCCUCCAGAAAGUAGGCGUAGAGGGAACUUACCUCAACAUAAUAAAGGCCAUAUAUGACAAGCCCACAGCUAACAUCAUCCUCAAUGGUGAAAAGCUGAAAGCAUUCCCUCUAAGAUCAGGAAGAAGGCAAGGAUGUCCACUCUCGCCACUUUUCUUCAACAUAGUUUUGGAAGUCCUAGCCACAGCAAUCAGAGAAGAAAAAGAAAUAAAAGGAAUCCAAGUUGGAAAAGAAUAAGUAAAGCUGUCACUGUUUGCAGAUGACAUGAUACUAUACACAGAGAAUCCUAAAGACGCUACCAGAAAACUACUAGAGCUCAGCAGUGAAUUUGGUAAAGUUGCAGGAUACAAAAUUAAUACACAGAAAUCUCUUGCGUUUCUAUACACUAACAAUGAAAGAUCAGAAAGAGAAAUUAAGGAAACGAUCCCAUUUACCAUCACAUCAAAAAGAAUAAAAUAACUAGGAAUAAACCUACCUAAGGAGACAAAAGACCUGUACUCUGAAAACUAUGAGAUGCUGAUGAAAGAAAUCAAAGAUGACACAAACAGUUGGAAAGAUAUACCAUGUUCUUGAAUUCGAAGAAUCAAUAAUGUCAAAAUGACUAUAUUACCCAAGGCAAUCUACAGACUCAAUGCAAUCCCUAUCAAAUUACCAAUGGCAUUUUUCACAGAACUGGAAAAAAAAUUUUUUUUAAUUAGUAUGGAAACACAAAAGACCCCGAAUAGCCAAAACCGAGCUAGAAAAACAGACCUGGAGGACUCACGCUCCCUCACUUCAGACUAUGCUACAAAGCUACAGUCAUCAAAACGGUAUGGUACUGGCACAAAAACAGAAAUAUAGAUUAAUGGAACAGGGUAGAAAGCCCAGAAAUAAUCCCACGCAUCUAUGGCCAACUAAUCUAUGACAAAGGAAGCAAGACUAUAAAAUGGAGGAAAGACGGUCUCUUCAAUAAAUGGUGCUGGGAAAACUGCACAGCUACAUGUAAAAAAAUGAAAUUAGAACAUUCUUUAAAAACACACACAAAAUUAAACUCAAAUUGGAUUAAAGAUCUAAAUGUAAGACUAGAUACUAUAAAACUCUUAGAGGAAAACAUAGGCAGAACACUCUAUGACAUAAAUCGCAGCAAUAUCUUUUUGGAUCCACCUCCUAGAGUAAUGAAAAUAAAAACAAAAAUAAACAAAUGGGACUUAAAUAAACUUAAAAGCUUUUGCACAGCAAAGGAAACCAUAAACAAAACAAAAAGACAACCCACAGAGUGGGAGAAAAUAUUUGCAAACAAUGUGACCGACAAGGGAUUAGUCUCCAAAAUUUACAAACAGCUCAUGCGGCUCAAUAUCAAAAAAACAAACAACCGUAUCCAAAAAUGGGCAGAAGGCCUAAAUAGACAUUUCUCCAAAGAAGAUAUACAGAUUGCCAACAAACACAUGAAAGGAUGCUCAACAUCACUAAUCAUUAGAGAAAUGCAAAUCAAAACUACAAUGAGUUAUCACCUCACACCAGUCACCUGGUGUGACCAGAAUGGCCAUCAUCAAAAAAUGGCCAUCAUCAAAAAAUCUACAAACAAUAAAUGCUGGAGAGGGUGAUGGCCAUCAUCAGAAUGGCCAUCAUCAAAAAAUCUACAAACAAUAAAUGCUGGAGAGGUUGUGGAGAAAAGGGAACCCUCUUGCACUGUUGGUGGGAAUGUAAAUUGAUACAGCCACUAUGCAGAACAGUAUGGAGGUUCCUUAAAAAACUAAAAAUGAAAUUACCAUGUGAUCCAGCAAUCCCCCAUGACUCCCACAAAGAGUCAUGUACCACAAUGUUCAUUGCAGCACUAUUUACAAUAGCCAGGACACUGAAGCAACCUAAGUGUCCAUCAACAGAUGAAUGGAUAAAGAAGAUGUGGCACAUAUACACAAUGGAAUAUUACUCAGCCAUAAAAAGAAACAAAAUUGAGUUAUUUAUAGUGAGGUGGAUGGACCUAGAAUCUGUCAUACAGAGUGAAGUAAGUCAGAAAGAGAAAAAUACCAUAUGCUAACACAUAUAUAUAUGGAAUCUAAAAAAAAAAAAAAAAUGGCUCUGAAGAACCUAGGGGCAGGACAGGAAUAAAGAUGCAGACAUAGAGAAUGGACUUGAGGACAUGGGGAGGGAGAAGGGUAAGCUGAGAUGAAGUGAGAGAGUGGCAUUGACAUAUAUACACUACCAAAUGUAAAACAGAUAGCUAGUGGGAAGCAGCCACAUGGCGCAGGGAGAUCAGCUCGGUACUUUGUGACCACCUAGAGGGGUGGGAUAGGGAGGGUGGGAUAGGGAGGGUGAGAGGGAGACGCAAGAGGGAGGAGAUAUGGGGAUAUAUGUAUAUGUACAGCUGAUUCACUUUGUUAUAGAGCAUCAACUAACACAACAAUGUAAAUCAAUUAUACUCCAAUAAAAAUGUUUUUAAAAAAAUGGGCAAAAUGACCUAAAGAGACAUUUCUCCAAAGAAGCUAUACAGGUGGCCAAGAGGCACAUGAAAUUAUGCUCAACAUCGCUAAUUAUUAGAGAAAUGCAAAUCAAAACUACAAUGAGGUAUCACUUCACACCGGUCAGAAUGGCCAUCAUCAAAAUGUCUACAAACAAUGAAUGCUGGAGAGGGUGUGGAGAAAAAGGAACCCUCGUACACUGUUGCGGGGAAUGUAAAUUGGUACAGCCACUAUGAAGAACAGUAUGGAGUUUCCUUAAAAAAUGACAUAUAGAACUACCAUGUAAUCCAGCAAUCCCACUCCUGGGUAUAUAUCUGGAGAAAACCAUAAUUCAAAAAGAUACAUGGGGCUUCCCUGGUGGCGCAGUGGUUGAGAGUCCGCCUGCCGAUGCAGGGCACGUGGGUUCAUGCCCCAGUCCGGGAAGAUCCCAUAUGCCACAGAGCGGCUGGGCCCAUGAGCCAUGGCUGCUGAGCCUGCGUGUCUGGAGCCUGUGCUC